UUCAGAUAUCUUAUCAUUAAUCAGGACAGGAUUCAGGUUGGAAAAAGGUUACAGGACUCCGAAGUCUUCACAGCUUUCUGAAAUCGAGAGCCAGUAGUUAUUGAUAACCAACAUUUUAACGAUUAGGUAACAGGCUUUGAAAGUGAGAGUUAUUGUGAUUGGCACACACAUUGGCACUGUGAGCGAAAGUGACGUUCAACGCUUGACUUCUAGGCUUAAUUAUCUACCUUAUGGGUUUACCGUUGGCAAUCAAAACUCGAUCUGCCACUUGAGUUCGUAUUUUUCGCAGAGAUUUGACAAGUGAUCAAGAGCAGAUUGAGAAGGUUAUACAAAAACAGCUUAUUUUGCUCUCUGAGGAUUACAUUAUUUCAUCCAACGUGAAUCUUCUUUCAUCAAAUUUUUGAUAGUUGCUACUUUUUGCCGUUCGUACGAUGCCUCACGAUUUUAGUAUUGUUGAAUAUUAUUCGCAGCAAGGACGUUCCCGUUGUGGUUACUGUCAGAGUCCUAAUACUAGCUACAGUCAUGGCAUGACAACGGAAAGGCUCACUGUUCAGCAGUACCAGACUCUUAUUGAUAGAGGAUGGAGACGAAGUGGUUAUUAUUGUUACAAACCUACAAUGGAUAUAACAUGCUGCCCACAUUACACAAUUCGAUGUUCGGCACUAGAGUUUAAGAUGUCAAGAUCUCAAAAAAAAAUUCUCAAACGUAUGAUUAAGUUUUUAAAUGGUGAAUUGUCUGUGGAUGAACAAAAAACUAGUCAAAAUACAUGUGAUCAUGACAUAGUAAGAUGCAUGGAUGUUCCAAAUCAACUUGAAAUUACAAAAGAGAUAAAACCAAGUGCUUUAAAUAUGGAAAUUGCUUCUUUAUCAGAAGAAAAUAGUUCUAGAAUAAAUUCUGCAGGCAAUAAUCCAGAGUUAAAAGUAAGCGUGGAAAAUAAAGAAUGUUUGGAUUCCAAAACCAUUAAGGAAGAAAGCUCUGAAAUAAAACAUGAUUUAAAAAAAACAUCUGUGUCAGAAUCAGGCAUGAUUCUGCAAAGAAAAGCUAAGUUGAUUAGGAUAGAAAGAAAAAGAAAUAAACUUUUAGCUCAAGGUAAAACAGAAGAUGAGAUCAAAGUCAUAAUGCUUCAAAAAAAAAAUCAAAAUGUUGGCAAAACUCUUGAAGAUUAUUUUAAUGAGAUUAGUAAUUGUAAAAAUAAAUUAGAGUUGAAACUUGUUAGAACAUCACCAAAAAGUGAUGAUUAUAAAAAUACUUCUAGAGAAUCAUUUGAGGUUUACAAAAAAUAUCAAUCAAUGAUUCAUGAAGACAAACUGUCAAAACUUACUUAUGAUAAGUAUUCCAGAUUCUUAGUCACAUCUCCCUUAAGGGACACAAUGCCAGAAAAUAAUCUACCUCAGGGGUAUGGAUCAUUUCAUGAACAGUAUUGGUACAAUGGAAAUUUAAUUGCUGUAGCUGUUUUAGAUAUUUUGCCGUUUUGUAUAUCUAGUGUGUACUUUUUUUAUGAUCCAGCAUAUUCUUUUUUAACUUUAGGAACAUUCAGCUCUCUAAGAGAAGUGUUGUUAACUCAACAGUUAAAUAAGUAUCAACCUAGUUUGAAAUAUUAUUACAUGGGGUACUACAUACAUUCAUGUCCUAAAAUGCGAUACAAAGCCAAAAUUAAACCAGCAAAACUUCUGUGUCCAGAGUCUUAUACGUGGUGUGACAUUGACAAAUGUUUGCCAAAAUUAGAUGUUUCUAAAUAUAGCAGACUAAAUGAAGAUAUAACUGUUAAAGAUGAAGAUGGCAAUGCAACAGCAGACGAGGUUUUAAUAUUGUGGAAUAAUAAAGUAUUACCGUUUCAUAUAUUUAAAGCUUUUUGUGCAGAUCAAAGUACUGAAGGAUAUGUUGAUGAAUUUGCAAAAUUAGUUGGUAAAACUUGUCUUAAAAAAAUGCUGUAUUGCAUUCACUCCCGAAAUUGAAUGUUAUUUGAAAAGUCAUAACCAUAUAGAAUUCGACCAGGGCACUGAAAGUAUAACAAAAAUGUGUGAUAAGACGUAUUUUAUUAAAAUUUUCAAAUAACAUAUGCCUAAGAAAAAAAAAUAACAAAUUUGAAAUUCGAUUGUGCUAAAGUAUUACUGAAACUAAUGAUCUCACACAACAUACUUUCAAGAUGCUACAUUAUCUUUUAUCACCGAAUUUGUACAACAAUAAUUGUUAGAAAAUACAUAUUUGAUUACUUUCAAUAUCACCCAAUGCUUAUCAGAACAAUGAUUUAGUU